CUAUGCCACGGAACGUGAGAAACGCGAGCAGAAAGCGCGGAAGAAGUUAGAGAAGGAGGAAGCUCAACGACCUGAGGCUGAGGAAGCAGCUCGCCUGGAGGAAGAGCGCAUCUCUGCUGAAAGGAAGGCAUGAAAACGGAAGCAGAAAAACAUAAUUGACGAUCAGCGACGCGCGGAGAUGCAGAAGGACCUGCAGAUUCAGCUUGCUAUGCACGUCGGCAAAUUGGAGGACCGUCUCGUUCAGUGGUUACACCAAGCUGUAGCCGUGCCGACAAUACUCGAACGAGGCAAGAAGAAGGUGUCUUAUCACUCGGAUGUUGACGAGUCUUCCUCUAGCCAAGGUGAUGCUAGUGACACUAGCGUUACACAGGAACUCAGUGCUUGCGCCGAACGUUUGGCGAUUUCGGAGAAGCGGAAACGGGGCCCCGAGCCCGUAUUCGAAGACCCAAGCCCACCUAUGGAGCUACCCGUAAAGCACACCCCUAAACGGGGCAUCUUGAAGCCAGUCAAGCUGACUGGACGACUGACUCGUUCGAAGUCAAAGAAAGGCGGAGGAGGACUUACUCCUACAUUGGCCUCCAAGAAAAUCGCUACUCCUUUGUCUAAGCGGCGUACUUCGACGCAGAAGAAGACGUCGAUCCUGACACUGCACUCGAAGGCCACACUGGAACACUUGCGCUAUCGGGACAACAUUCUACGGGAGUUGAAGGAUCUCGAUGCCACGGAGCUACAACGGAUUUGCCGUGAGAAGGCCAUUCAUUACGAUAAGAAGAUCGAAGCGAUCUUCGACAUCGAGGAUCACAGAACCGAGCGGGCCUUUGCUACUGCACUAGCCAAAGUUGAACGGAUCGCCAUCUCGGAUGAUACGAAUGUUGAGCAGGAGGAUGUACCUACUAACGAUGGGUGAGGACGGUUGUCAAUACCGCAGCUCUGGAAGUUCAGAAGCAGAUCCGUUGGGCUAACAAAUUCAUUGAUUGCUG